AUGAAGGGGAAAUUAAUUUAUAUCGUUUCUGUUUUUGUAUUUUUUCUCAAUUGUGUUUGGUGCAAUUCAAAGAAUAAUAAUAAACGAAGAAAUUAUAAUAAGAAAAAAGAAGACUUAAAAAAUUUUGAUAAUAUUGUUCUUGAUGAUUUUUAUUCAUCAUUUGAUUCCCAACAUAAUUAUGAAAAUGAAUUAAAAAAAAAUGAAGAUGAUAUUAUUGGACAAGGUAUCUUUUCUCUUAUAAGUAAAAAUAAUCAAGAAAAGGAAAAGACACUAAAAGGGGAAGCAGACGAAACUAAUACUAAAGUAACCGAAGCCCAAAGUGCUCAAGCUUCUCAAGAAGCUGAAGCCGGUCAAGGUGCUAAUGCUGAUCAAGAUGCUAAAGCAGCUGAACAAGUUGAAAAAUUAGAAGACGAGAAAGAAAAAAAAUUACCAGUUACCCCUUCACAACAAAAUGGAGAUUCUAAUAAUAAUACAUCAAACUUAAAUACGCCAUCCGUUAAACGCUUGGAUGAAAUUUUCGAUGAUGUUCUUAAACAUUUAAAUAGACAAGAUAAAGUUAUCACUGAUGAGAAUAAAGAUAAAUAUAAUGAAUUUAAAAAAGAGUUUGAUAUGUUUACUAUGAAUGUAACUGAAUAUGAAAUAAUUAAGAAACUUCUUGUUACAUUCUCAGAGAAGAUUGAAGAAAAUAAACAAAUUGAAACAAAAAUAGAAAAUAUAUUUAAUAAAGCUUUAACUGAUAAUAAAUAUAAAGAACAAUUUAAAAACUUUAUUUACGGAUUAUAUAGCUUUACUAAAAGACAUAAUUAUAUAACAGUUAAUGAAACUGAUGAAACAACAGUUCAUAAGGCUUUAUUUGAAAAUGCUCUUAAUUUAAUAAAUACUAUUUAG